GCAGCUGGAGGACGGAUUGGAGACGACGGACCAAUAAACAGAUGUUUCAUUGGCUUAGCCGCUCGGGCUCCGGAACCUCCAGCUUUCCAUUGGCUGUUUCAAGCAGAGCAGGGGCGUGACUCCCGGGGCUCCGCCCCCGCGGCGCCCCAGCCUCGGGGUCUCAGGCUGAGGCAGUGGGACGGAAGUGAGCGAGUCCCGCCACUUCCCCUCGCUGCUGCGUUGGAGUCGCCGCGGCUGCCGUCCGCUCCCCAGCGAGCCAGAGUCUCCGUGCCGUACCCCGAGUGCCCGGCCGCGCGGAGCCGGGAUGCACUGCCCCUGCUGUGGGCCCUCAUCAUGGAGACCAAACGGGUGGAGAUUCCCAGCAGCGUCCUGGACGAUCUCUGCAGCCGAUUUAUUUUGCAUAUUCCCAGCGAGGAAAGAGACAAUGCUAUCCGAGUGUGUUUUCAAAUUGAACUUGCCCAUUGGUUUUACUUGGAUUUCUACAUGCAGAACACACCAGGAUUACCUCAGUGUGGGAUAAGAGACUUUGCAAAAGCUGUCUUCAGUCAUUGUCCAUUUUUGCUGCCCCAAGGUGAAGAUGUGGAAAAAAUUUUGGAUGAAUGGAAGGAAUAUAAAAUGGGAGUACCAACAUAUGGUGCAAUUAUUCUUGAUGAGACACUUGAAAAUGUACUACUGGUUCAGGGGUACCUAGCAAAAUCAGGCUGGGGAUUUCCAAAAGGAAAAGUAAAUAAAGAAGAAGCUCCUCAUGAUUGUGCUGCUAGAGAGGUCUUUGAAGAAACUGGUUUUGAUAUCAAAGAUUAUAUUUGUAAGGAUGAUUACAUUGAACUUCGAAUCAAUGACCAGCUUGCUCGUUUGUACAUCAUUCCAGGAAUUCCAAAAGACACAAAAUUUAACCCAAAAACCAGAAGAGAAAUUCGGAACAUCGAAUGGUUCUCCAUUGAGAAAUUGCCCUGUCAUAGAAAUGAUAUGACCCCAAAAUCCAAACUUGGUUUGGCACCUAACAAAUUUUUUAUGGCCAUUCCCUUCAUCAGACCAUUAAGGGACUGGCUUUCUCGAAGAUUUGGAGAUUCCUCAGACAGUGACAAUGGAUUUUCCUCAACUGGUAGCACUCCAGCUAAACCCACUGUGGAAAAAUUGAGUCGAACCAAAUUCCGCCACAGUCAGCAGUUAUUUCCUGAAGGUUCUCCUGGUGACCAGUGGGUAAAGCACAGGCAGCCACUGCAGCAAAAGCCAUAUAAUAAUCAUUCUGAAAUGACUGACCCUUUAAAAGCAAAGAAUCAAAGUAUGAGGGGAAAUGGCAGAAAACAGUAUCAAGACUCGCCUAAUCAAAAGAAAAGAACAAAUGGGGUCCACAGCCAGCCAGCCAAACAGCAGAAUCCCUUGAUGAAAUGUGAAAAAAAACUUCAUCCACGAAAACUUCAGGAUAAUUUUGAAACAGAUGCUGUAUAUGACUUAUCUUGCUCUGGUGAAGACCAGUUGCUAGAACAUGCUGAGGGACAGUCUGUGGCAUGUAAUGGACAUUGCAAGUUCCCCUUUUCAUCCAGAACCUUUUUGAGUUUCAAAUUUGACCAUACUGCUAUAAUGAAAAUCUUGGACCUUUGAUAUCAGCAAAUGGGUCAUGGAAGCCCCAAGAUCAGAGACCUGUGGCAUUUGAGUGGGUGUCUCUUUGAGCCUUACCUUUCUCAGGUGUUUUAAAGAAAUGCAGGGAGGCAACGUUGUUUUCUGAAGAGAUUGUUCUCUGUGCAGAAGAGAGUAGAAAGAAACAUGAGUUUGCACUGUAGAUGUAGUUAUAAUAACCUUUUAUAUAGAUGUACCUUUUCAGUGUUGGCUUGCAAAUUUUAAGUUGCUUUUUAUGAGAGCCUUUUUUUCUGUGUGAUUGUAGUUUUUAUCUUGUGUUUUGGUCAAGAAAAUAGUGGUUGAGUCACCAAGUAGCCAAGUUAAUGGAUGUGCUGCAUCUACCCAUUACAGUGAUUGCAAAAAUAGUUUCCUUACAUUGAAAUUUUUAAAAGAUACUUAAAAUACACAGUUAUUAAAUGAGUAUAAGAGCUGAAAUGUCACAGAAGUCAAGAUCGCAAGUCAUCUGCUCUGGUGACAUUUUGUGCGUUUCUCUGCUUAUAACCACUUACGUUCUUAAGUCUCCUCUGCUUGGGGUUUCAUUGGAAGGUUUUAUUUAGAGCCAGCAUCUCCUAUGUAUUGUUCAUGUUCAAAACAAACUUGUAGUGCUUUGUUAAAAGACAGAGUCCUCAGCCUGGAGAAGGGACUCGGUUGGGUGGGAAGCUGAUGCACUCCUUGAGGGAUGUGCUGCACCGUCAGGAGCCUGUGAGACGCUGGAGAGGGGAGAAGAGAGCGAGGAGGCCGCACCCAGCAGCUGCUUUGGUCCUAUGUUCACUGUCCUGCCGCCAGCCUUUUUGUAUCAUACAAUUAUUUUUUUCUUGUGAAAAUUUUUUCUGUAUUAUAGCUGUGUAAAUAUGUAUGGAUUAUGACAUUAGGUUUUACAUUGUCUUUGGGUGUUGAUUUCUGGAAACUGAUGUUAUAUUCGGUUCUAAUUUGCUGUAGUAGCAGAGACUGACACACUGUUGGUGUGCUGGAGCCCCUGGGUGAUGGGGCAGGAAGCAGGGGUGUGCAGUUUACCCAAGAACAAGUAAAGCAUUUCAUUAGGGGAGGAUCAGAACAUGGAAGUAAUACACAUAACUCAGUCCUUGGAAUGUAUUUUGCUCCUUCAGGAUGCUUCGACCCAGAUGAGAAUGGCAGUGCCUAUCUUAUGAAGAAUUUCAGCUCUAAUUGAGGACAGUCACCAGAGCUUUAAGGGGGCUUUAGUGUUUCGUUUGGGCUGCUUCAGACCUCAUUGAAGGUAUUUCUUUUGCGGGGGGACGGGGGUGGUGCAAGCAUAUGCGUGCAUGUGCAACUGUCAUGUGGGUUUUAAAAAUCUUUUUUUUACAUGUGGUAUCCACAAAGUAUAUCUCUGCUUGUAAAUUUUAUUGUAGAAGUCUUUAUUCUGUAUAGAUAACCUAUUUAAUAGGGGUUCUAUUUAAUCCAGCAGGACUUUCAGAAAAAGUGCUAUUGUUAGGAAUCACUUGGUAUUUCUUUGCUUUAGCUUUUGAACGGCUUGAUUUUAAAGGAGAAAUUCUAUUUAUUAAUAAAAGUGACACCCUCUUGGUGCUAAGCAGGAGAAUUCCCAGUUACAGCAAUGCAUUUAGAAUUAGGUUAUUCACAAUCCUGAUCUUUUAAUGUGACAAUUUUUUGAAUCCUUCUGUGACCUUUUUGAAAAUGCAUUUUAUGAUUUCAUUUGAAAGCUCUUGUUUAUUCUUUCCAGAAAUACAGCUGCUUUGCUUGGGUCUCCUUGAGCCAGAUUUAUAGUUGGUCCCAGCAUUCCAGAUUUCUGUUAAAUUGUUAAAGGGAGUGAAAACUUAGUUUGCCUGACAGGUAAAUAAUUUUCACACGUUUACUGUCAUCUGGAAACCAUUUUAUUUUUUAGUGAUGUUGUAUGUGGUUUUUUUCCUUUUUACAUAAGUACUUUGGUCAGUCUUUCUGGUGCCUGGAGUUGGAUUUUUCAACUCUAAAUACUAAAGUAAAAGAGAUUAGAAUUAAUUACCAAAAGUAUGUCUUUAAUGGUGUUGAGCCUUUAAGAACCAACAAAUGAUCUCUUUUCGAUUGUGAGAGUUUAACUAUGGUUAAAUGUUAACUGCUGUAGCGCUGCUUCAUUUAAUGCACUGUGGGACAAAGUAAGGGUAUUGUCGAGAUGGGAUUUUGAUAACUUGAGGCUUUUAGCGCUCUACAGUUUGAGAUAAAAGAUGUUAAAAGAUGUGAGUUAAAGUUAAUGUGUGUGGUGUGACUUAACUAUGCAGAAAGUGUAUAAGUUGGAUGUACGUGUUUUUUAUGUACAUCUGCUAUACUUACUUACCCCUUGAACCUGUGUAUUAGUUUCUCAGUGUUCAGUUACCUUAGGGAAGGCCAUGCUCAGCACAGAACUAGAUUUCUCUCUUGAGAAAUUAGCCUGGUUUGAAGAAAUCAAGUGAUAAAUGAGUGCUGAAUAUGCAAUGAUUUCUCUAUGUGUUGUGUUUUAAAAGCUAGACAAGAAGAGUAGUUGUGUUGGCUUCAUUAUGUUUUACGUCUGAAAGAAAUAGGUCUUUGAAUCCACUUUUUAAAUAUUCUUAUGUUCCAACACUUUUUAAAUAUUCUUAUGUUCCAACCUUAUAUGUUCCAAGGUUCAGUGCACUGUGAAUCUCUUAUUUUUUAAAAUUUUGUAGGUGCUUUUAUGUAUAACUGUAAUGAUUUAUAAGAUGUUAAAUGAAUUGUUUUUGUACUUAACCAUCGUAAUCCAAAAUAUUAGGGAUAUGGUUUACAUGCUUUCACAAGUUUUUGUUAAAUAGCAUAUGAAUGGUUUUAGGAUUUCAAAUAGUGCCACUUUCCUGAGAUGUGAGCAUUUGGAGAAGUCUGAGGACCUAAUAGAACUCUCUUAGCAAGGGUGAAAUUAGAAGUUGUUUGAAAAUGAAGUUGAAUUUUAAUGUAAUGUAUAAAAGCAGGUCUCCUAUGUUGUCAAAGGAAUUGUGUUCACUGCUUGCUGCUUUGAACUGUGGAUAUCCUUAUUUUUCUAUUAAAUAUCAGUAAGUACAGAUAAUGAAGAUGCAUAGUAGAAUUCAGCAGAAUUAAUAUUAUGCUAUAAGAUUGGGUUAGUACUUUGUCCUUUUAAGGCUUUAGUAGUUUAUGUGUAAUAUCAAAUAAAAAACUCAAAUCCAAGUGAAUAGUAUCCUUCCACAGGGAUUAAAUUCUUCUGUAAACUCAUCAUAUUAUGGUCUUUAGGAAAGUUCAGGUCUGAGUGCAUGUGUGCAUGACAAACAUUUCAUUACCUAGUCUCUCAUUUAUCUUUUUUGUUGUUUGUUAAAACAGUAAGAAGUAGAGUCAAUAUAAAAAUUAGACCUUCUGCCAAGUAAUUUUUUUCUUAGUAUAAUAACAUCUCUUGGCAUUUUAAUCUUCAUUUUUGUACCAGUGGACCUCCCCUGGCCUACUCAGAGAUUUUGUUUUGAUGGACAUCUAUUGUAUCUCUGUAUGUUCUGAGGUAUUUUCUUUUCAUAUUAAUUAUAUAUACAAGGUCAGAUUCAUUACGUUUGAAGAAAAUAAGUGUUGUCUAGUAAUUUUUACUUGGAUUGUUUUCUAGCCUGGGGAAGGCUUAUAUGUAUUGUGAUUUUAGCUUAUGAUAAACAAGACAAACUUAUUUUGUCUGAAGGCAUUAAUAUUCUUUAAGUACCUGUCUCUAGGUGAACAGGUAUCAUAGUAAAACAGCAGUUUUGUUAGACCUUAUCCCUGAUAGCUUGGUAAAGCCUAGCUAGAGUUCCUUAUUUUGUAUUACUUCCUAAGACUUUGAAGUGUAUUUGUAUAGUUGCCAAAAAUUCUAAAAAUGAGAUUAUGAUGGGUUUCUCAGCAUCUUUUCUUCCUAGAAUUGAGUUGCUCUUGAAGUUUGUACUCCUGUGCCAUAUAGAUGGCAGUGUGCUCUGUCUCAUGCUUUCAAAGUAGAGUUCUAAAUUGCAGUUUCAAAAAAUGUGAUAGGUAUUAUAGAACAAAUUGCCCUGAAGGGAGAAGAUAACUGUAGUUGCUGGUCACAGAAGAGCGGAAGGAAGAAAUUUUAGGAGAUAAAUCAGCUUUUGAGUGCCACGUGAUGUACAAAGAAAUGUGACUGUUGCCUAGCCCAAGCAGAGUCUAAUACAUGUAGCUGUUACCAAGUGUUUUCUAGCUCAGAUAUAGUUAAUUUUUUUCUGACUAUGGCUGCCAAGCAAUUCCAUAAACCUACAGUAAUUUUUUCCAUUUUAAAGACCAGUGUUUGGGAGUCUGAUCCUUCCUGUACUGGUACUUCACAAGUGCAGCCACACUCAAGUGCUCUGCUGUCUUAGGAACAUAACCCCCAAUAUAGCCAUAGUCAAGGUAUGUCAUAGUCACUUCAUGUGUUGGUUACACAUUUGUCCUGGGUGGUGAUCCAUUCCUUUUCAUCUGGUUUUCUUGUGACAAAUGGCAUUUACUGUUGGAAUAGUAGUCUAUAGUAGGGAAAAGAGUAAAGCUACCUCUCAUACAUGGGACUUCAGUGGUUGGCUUCCACCAACUUUAGUUGCUCAGACUUUAACCUAAAGUACAAAGAAGUGUAAAUAAAAAACUAUAAUAAAGUUUGGAAGUCAUAUCUUGAGAAAUUGAAUCUUUAAUCUGGGUCCCCAGAUGAAUGAAAUCAGCAGUGAAGAGAUUCCUUUUGUCUUUUGUCUUCUGGAGUUAGCAGAUGGGACAGUCUGGCUACGGGGGCAGCUUGAAAGCACCAUGUAAAAGGAAUUAACCUUGACGAGAUACUUGGCGGUAGCUUUGUAGGGUUAAUGGGUGCUCUGGGGAAAGGGAUUAAAUGCAAAAAUCUUUUGCUUUUCUAGAUAACUUGGUCCCACAUGGAUCCUCCUCUUUUUAGUAGACUUUAGUCUUUUAGUCCAGUGGAAGAAAAAGGCCCUAAACAUAUAUUUGAUACUUUUUUGGUGGGAGGGCUCUAGCAGGUGGUUGGGUGGUAGGUAUCUUGGCUAUUGGCAUCUAUCUGUUGAGUGCCAUUUGAAGAACGAGGACCUGUUGAUUUUUUAUCUUUUCUCCUCCGUGGUGUGACUGGCCUUGGAGAGGCCAUUGAGUUGUCUCUCUCUGUUUCCUCCCUGCUGUACCCCCACGCCUCACCCCAAUCCUGUCCCUUCUAUAGAAUUUUUUUUUUCUUUUUCAUUUGUGCUACAUCCCUUCAGUGAAUCUGGUAGUCACCAUAUGAGGACUUGGGUAGUUUGUUAGCUGUGAUCACAUCUUGGCUCCUAGAGAUGAUCUCACUUUGACACUUGAGCCACAGAUAGAAGGGCUCUGGACAUCUGCACUGUUUUGAGGCUCUCAGUGCAUGUAGCUGUCAAAUUAGUUUAGAACAAAGAAAACUGUGUGGUUCUAGGGUGAAAUAGGCAGUGUUCUGCUGGUCCUCCGUCUUUGAGAGGUCUUAGUUAACAGUUUUGGGUUGUAGACUUUAUGAGAUCAAAUGUAACAUUUUAAUUUAAUCUUUUUAUUCAUUGAAUCUGAGGUUCUAAAACAAUCUAUAGCUACAAACUGGUGUGAAGAAAGGUUUUUGGUCACAAAUCUACCUUGUCAUUUAAAGUUAUUUCUCAAGCUUUCAGAAAUUAGUUCUUUAUACAACAGUAUCUGGCCUUUUUCAAGCCUUUGUGAUACGUGGAAUAGACUGGAUGGCAGCAAACAAAAGCAAAGGCUCUCAACUGCGAGUGAAAUUUAGAAUGGUAGUUCCUGUUCUGCAGCACUUGAUUGGUAAGAUGUGUUAGUAUAUCUGAAUGAACGAGUAGCAGUGGCCUCCAACUCUUACGCCGUAUGUACGGAAAAGCACAAACAACGUAUCUGCAAGGAUUUCUUUGUGCGUUUCACUGCUGUCCUUUUAGGUUUGUGUUUGGAUCUUGCACAAGUACCUUUUAAUAUCAAAUGCAAGUGUCCAAAGAACCGAAUCUUUAAUUUUACUUUGUUGGUCAUAUUUCACUUCAAAGUUAGGACAAGAAAAGGCUAAGCUGACUUUCAUUUCAUGAUUACAAACUGUUUUUCUUCAGUAACAAUUAGGGAAGGAAAAUAUAACCAUGAACUAUUUUGCAUAUAUAUAUUUGUAUGUGUGUGUGUGUGUGUGCGCACACACAUAUAUUUUCUUGUUUUUGAAGUUUAUUAGCUUAAUGCCUUACAAAAACUGCCUUUGGUAAGUAUUAACUCAUACAAUUCAGAUUUUAAAUUUUACCUGUUCACUUUAGUAAAAAUUUAAAACAAUCUCAUUAAGGGAUUAAUGAAGUGGAAUUAGAGCCGAUGUAUUAGCUAACUCAUGUGAAAUCUUAGGUGAGACUGUCUUUUACCCAGAGUAAGGGCAGAAGGUUUAGUUAAGAAAGGAGUAAGAAUUGAUUUUUUUAUACCCUGCCUAUUUCCAAAACAAGAUUUGAAAUAUCUCUUAUGCCAUGGAGACUAGGUAAUGUUUGUGGAAGAUACGUAUUCUUAAAACAGUUUUCUUGGGAGUAGGUUUUAGUCUGAAAAAGGUGACAAUAUUUAUGCUGAGUAUGCUGUUUUGUUUGGGACCUAUAAAUAGGUAGAAAAAAAUUAAUGAAAUGGUUCUACCAAAUAUACUCAGUUGAGAAAACUGGACUUUAGAGUAAAUGUGGUAACUACAUAUAUUUGUAAACUUUAUUCAAUAGUAAUCAUUUUUUUCUUAAUGUGAAAUGAUUUAACAUUGAAUUUUUGCCUUAGUUACAGCAGUGUAUUAUUACUUUACCUUCUAGGACAUUUUAAUGUUUGGAGAAAGACUGUAUAAAGUAAAACCAUGGGCGUAAUUCUGCCUGAGGUAGUAAUGAAGUUCUCGGUGCAUGUUUUGGUUGUCAGCAUCGAGGGAGAGCAGUAAAGGGGCCUCAGGAUACCUGUCAGGUUCAUUCACCUUGUAGUUAGAAGCACUGAUACCUUUAGAGCAGAUUUACUGUGUGUCUCAAUUUAUUACAUUCUGACUGAACAGUAGCAUUGUCUCUGUUCCUCAGUGUUAAUUAAAGAUAAGGACUGGUUUUCAGUUACAUUGGGCAUGACCAUCAUAAAGGUUUCUGAGUGACUUUAUGAAUUGGGAGCUUGCAGGAUUACAGUGCCUCCAAAGUGAACUAGAAAUGACAGCUGUACUCUCCACGGAGAAAAUGAACAAAGUCCUAUGUCUGAACAGUUUUUAUGCUCCUUUAGAUAGCUUUUUGAUGUAAAUAACACCAGUUUAAAAACCUUUUAUUUUACAAAAUACAGUUGAAUGAUGGGCGGUUCCCUUGAUAUUUUAAAACAUCUCUACAAUUGAGUAAAUAUUGGCUUUCUGUAAAAAUAUUACCAUGUUAAAUUUAGACUGUUUGUAGUGCAAUAUCAAUAAAUUUUGCUGUUUGGGCAGUUUUAAUUACUACCAUAA